AUCGAAAUGUGUCAAACCUGCGGAUAGCCCAUAAGUUAAAGCCCCUCCUCCCUUCUCCCUCCACCUGCAACCGCCUCGUUAUUCCCUCUUCUCCGCCACACUACAUUCAUUUUCCUCUCUUUUUUUCCCCUUUUUUCACCUUUGCCUCUUUUAUUGAUUCAUUAAUAAAUCAUCCAAAAACUGUCUCGGAUUUGGGAAUUCAUUUCCUUUGUCCAUGAAGCGACCUUUUGUUGCCGACGAUGAUCUGGAAAGCGCAGAUCAGAAGAUGAAGAAUCCAAAGCUUGAAGAUGAUGAAGACGACGGGGAGGUUAGGGGAGAGACAACAGGGUUUGUGAAUCUGGACGAGAACCUGCUGUACGAGGUGCUCAAGCACGUGGACGCACGUACUCUGGCCAUCGCUGGGUGCGUUAGCAAGCUCUGGCACAGAACGUCCCAGGACGAGCGGCUCUGGGAGCUGAUCUGUACCAGACACUGGGCUAAUAUCGGCUGCGGCAACCAACAGGUCCGAUCUGUGGUCCUCGCUCUCGGAGGUUUUCGUCGUCUCCACUCUCUCUACCUCUGGCCGCUGUCCAAGCCCCAGGCUUCCUCAUCAUCUUCGCCGCCGUCGUCAUCGUGGCCGUCGACUGCACUAUCGCCUCCGUUUGCGCCGCAUUCGAUGAUGCGGCCCAAGUUCCCAACUCGCUGGGGAAAAGACGAGGUCCAUCUUUCCCUGUCUCUUCUCUCAAUUCGUUACUACGAAAAGAUGAAUUUCAACAACAGAGGGAGAUGAAUUGUCAUGAUCAUACCCUUACUACUCUAUAAUCGCCCUAAAUUUGGCUUUGUUCCUUCUUUUUUUUUCCACGAUUGUAAUCUAUAUCGGCUUGCUCAACCAGAUCCGCGUCCUUCCUAUGAAUUAAUUGUUGCUCUUUUCUUGAUUUCUGAGUUUGUUGUAUAAAAUGAGAUAAUGAAAAUUGCUUUGCAUUUGAAUGUUAAUACUUAAUAUGCAUAAUUGGGCUGA